GUUCGCUGUGGAUCCAAGCACUGCGGCUGCGGUACUUGAGAGGGCACUGUUCUGCACGUAGCGAUCGAACGAACGACAUACGGCUGUUUCAGGUGCAUGGACAUGCUCAUCACAACGAACCGUAACCCUCAUUAUCAGAUGGUGUUUUGCGCAGCACAGUACACUAGCCAGUCUUCUAAUAACAUUACCCUGGAUUGAAGAUGUGGUGUAUUCGUACCGGUAAAACGCUCUGAGUUUGGUACAUUCUGUUCUAGCGGGAUAACUCUCUAACAUUGUCACGGAUCCUGUACGUGUAACACUCUACACAGCCUGCCCUGGAAUGCCAACACGUAGCCAUUGUAUGGAAUAGCGUCUUUAACGUACUGUUUACUCCCGGAUUACGGGAUAUCCGGAAUUGAAGAUAUCCAUAAAUCAAACGAGAGAAGGAGGUUCCGAUAUUCCGUCAUGCACGGGCUUUAUCAUUAAAUACUUUCAUAAGUCCUUGAGUUCCGACUACAUGUUACAAUCCGUAUUUAGUGCAUGUACCUGCAACUGUUAAUCGUGUUAUUCGAUCUGUAUAAUGGAUGACUGGGAACGAUACCGUCUCGUGGUGCUGGGAGCUGGCAAAGUCGGCAAGACGUCCAUCAUUUCGCAGUUCCUUGGCAACAAGUUUGAAGAGAAAUACAAAGAGACAGUUGAAGAUUUACACUGUCGGGAAUACAACGUGAAUGGACACUGUAUCAAAGUUGACAUACUAGAUACAUCUGGUGGGCUGCAGUUCCCUGCCAUGCGUCGUUUGUCAAUCUCUACAGCUAAUGCAUUUUUACUCGUAUAUUCCGUCGAUGAUCACAAUUCAUUGGAGGUAGUUCGGCAGAUUUAUGAACAAAUCCGCGAGCAGCGAAGCAACUUUGAUGAACUGCCCAUCGUUGUUGUCGGAAAUAAAACUGACCGGGCGGAUUUUCGGGCCGUGGAGGAGAUCGAAAUGCAUGACCUGAUCGUCCGCGAGGCAUGGAACUGCGCCUUUCUGGAAGUUUGCGCCAGGGAAAACUUAGGCGUUCUUGAUAUAUUUCAGAAACUUUUACAAAUGGCCAAAAUCCCAGUGGCCCGUGAGCUGAGCCCUGUGCUCAAGCGACGAAUGAGCGAGUACGGUUACAAACGUCGCAAGGACGGGCGAGGAUCGUUCAAGGAGAACGACAAAGAAAUGUCUCGUAGUAGGAGUCUUAUGCGGCGCACAGGUAGACCUAAAGUCAAACAGAAUCAAGAUCCUACAAAGAGUGACUGUAUUAUCUCAUAGGUUAUUUAAAGACACUGGACACUAUUGGUAAUUGUCAAAGACCAGUAUUCUCACUUAUAGUGUAUCUCAACAUAUGC